GAUCUUGUUAUCAGGGGCUCCCCAGCACUGGUGCUGCUGCCUCUGAGUCAUCUCUGUUGUGCUGAAUAUGGAAAAGUCUAGAAGCAGAAGGUUGCCGGCACACUUGCCAGGGUUAAUGCCAGAGUCUAAACAUCAACUCUGCCAGGACAGGCUGUUAUUUGGAGGCUGAAGUCCCAGACAGAGCUUGAUGUGAAGGACCAGGAGAAGCAAACAGCACCUCUCCUCAGAAACAGACAUCUUGUGGAUUGGAUACCCUGCUCCUGGCUGCCUUGACCCUGUUCCCUGCAGCUUGGACACCCUGACCUGGUAUGGUGUGAAUAUGCGUUGCUUGGCAGCUCGGGUCAACUACAAGACUCUGAUCAUCAUCUGCGCCCUCUUCACCCUGGUGAUGGUGCUGCUCUGGAACCGAUGCUCCUCCGACAGAGCUGGCCCCUUCCCGCGCAGCCUGCCCGCCUCCGAGAGCGACCUGGCCCGCCAGCAGAGCGAGGAGGCGUCCCCCCAGGAGCAGCAGAAGGCUCCCCCCAUCGCAGCGGGGUUCAACAAAGCCCCGGGGCUGAAGUACGAGGAGAUAGACUGUCUGAUCAAUGACGAGCACACCGUUAAAGGGAGGAGGGAAGGCAACGAGGUCUUCCUGCCGUUCAGCUGGGUAGAGAAAUACUUUGAGGUUUAUGGGAAAAUUGCUCAGUACGAUGGUUAUGACAGGUUUGAAUUCUCUCAUAGCUACUCCAAAGUAUACACACAGCGAGCACCUUACCACCCCGAUGGGGUCUUCAUGUCCUUCGAGGGCUACAAUGUGGAGGUUCGGGACAGAGUCAAGUGCAUAAGCGGUGUUGAAGGUGUGCCAUUAUCCACGCAGUGGGGCCCUCAAGGCUAUUUCUACCCCAUCCAGAUUGCACAGUACGGGUUGAGUCACUACAGUAAGAACCUGACCGAGAAACCCCCUCACGUGGAGGUCUAUGAAACAGCCGAAGAGAAGGACAGAGCCAGCAGGUCUGCGGAGUGGACGGUGCCCAAAGGCUGCUCCCUGUCCACAGUGUCUGACAGAGCCAAGUUCACCAGUGUCAAGCAGUUCAUCGCUCCAGACAGCACCGAGGGGAUAUCUCUGCAGCUUGGGAACACCCGAGACUUCAUCAUUUCCUUUGAUCUCAAAUUCAUCACAAACGGGAGCGUUUCCGUGGUUCUCGAGACAACGGAGAAGAACCAGCUCUUCACCGUGCACUACGUCUCCAACAACCAGCUCAUCGCCUUUAAGGACCGAGACAUCUACUACGGCAUCGGCGCCAGGACUAGCUGGAGCACCCUCACCAGGGACCUGGUGACCGACCUGCGCAAAGGCGUCGGGCUCUCCAACACGAAAGCUGUGAAGCAGACCAAAAUCAUGCCCAAGAGAGUGGUGAGGCUGGUGGCCAAGGGAAGAGGCUUCCUCGACAACGUCACCAUCUCGGCCACCGCUCACAUGGCGGCUUUUUUCGCUGCCAGCAACUGGUUGGUGAGGAACCAGGAUGAAAGGGGUGGCUGGCCCAUCAUGGUGACGAGGAAGCUGGGGGAAGGCUUUAAGUCCUUGGACCCGGGCUGGUACUCGGCCAUGGCCCAAGGACAGGCCAUCUCGACGCUGGUGCGGGCGUACCUGCUGACGAAGGACCAGGCGUUCCUCAGCGCGGCGCUGCGCGCUACGGCGCCCUACAAGCUGCCAUCGGAGCAGCGUGGGGUCAAGGCUGUCUUCAUGAACAGGCACGACUGGUACGAGGAGUACCCGACCUCCCCCAGCUCCUUCGUGCUCAACGGCUUCAUGUACUCCUUAAUCGGCCUCUAUGACUUGAAAGAAACGGCUGGGGAGAAGCUGGGGAAGGAGGCGCGGGUCCUCUACGAGCGGGGCAUGGAGUCCCUCAAGGCCAUGCUUCCCCUCUACGACACCGGGUCAGGGACCAUCUACGACCUUCGGCACUUCAUGCUGGGCACUGCUCCCAACCUGGCCCGCUGGGACUAUCACACCACCCACAUCAACCAGCUCCAGCUCCUCAGCACCAUCGACGAGUCGCCCAUCUUCAAGGAGUUCGUCAAGCGUUGGAAGAGCUACCUGCGAGGCGGGCGGGCAAAGCACAACUAGAGCUCACAACCAAACCCCUGCGUCCU